UUAGGGGCCAAUUUGACCCAGUUGUGUUGUCAACCUGUGAUUUCCUCCCCCAUUCUGCCGAUUGUGAUUUCCAGUGAAGCGACGUUGGUCGCUCAGCCGAAGGCAGUUAUCCCCGUCGUACUCUUCGCCGCCUCGCCGACUCGCCGCUGCGUCGCUCCUCUCGCCGCCUCGCCGUCUCAGAGAGAGAAAGAGAGAGAGGUUUCUUCUUCUUCAAUCCGUCCACUCUGCACAUUGAUUGAAAAACAGAGAUAAGUGGUAAUUCUGGGAAUUGUUGCAUAGAUGCUGGACACCGUUAUCAUUCCCCACUCAUUAUUUGGUGGCUGGAUCCCCAAUUAAAAGUUCUCACCAAAUUUUGCAGAUUUUCUUUAUGGUUAUGUGCAGAGAUUAAUUCCCACAGCAUGAGCAUCGAACCAUUCAACCGGUUAGUGAAGCUAACAGCAAGGGCUUUUUAUGAUGAUAUCACAACAAAAGGGGAAAAUCAACCAAAAACUGGGAGGAGUGAUAAUAGAGGAAUUGCUGUGGUGGUACUUGAUGCUCUGACCAGGCGUCAGUGGGUCAGAGAGGAUGAUUUGGCAAAGGACUUGAAGCUGCAUUCAAAACAACUUCGUCGGACUUUGCGCUUUUUUGAAGAAGAAAAGCUAGUCACCAGGGACCACAGGAAAGAGACUGCAAAAGGUGCAAAAAUAUAUAGUGCUGCAAUCGCUGCCACAGCUGAUGGUCAGCAGAACGGACGUGAGGGAGAAGAGAAGAUUAAGCUCCACACGCACUCUUAUUGUUGUCUAGAUUAUGCACAGAUUUACGAUGUUGUGAGAUACAGAGCGCAACGGAUGAAGAAAAAGCUAAAAGAUGAACUGGAGAACAAGAACACGGUUCAGGAAUAUAUAUGUCCUAACUGUGGCAAAAGAUAUAAUGCGUUGGAUGCACUACGACUAGUUUCUUUUGAUGAUGAAAACUUCCAUUGCGAGCAUUGCAAUGGGGAGCUCGUGGCGGAGAGUGACAAAUUAGCUGCCCAAGAAAUGGGAGAUGGAGAUGACAAUGCAAGGAGGCGCCGUCGUGAAAAGCUGAAGGACAUGCUUCAGAAGAUGGAGGAACAGCUUAAACCACUAAUGGAUCAACUAAACAGAGUGAGAGAUUUACCAGUUCCUGAAUUUGGAAAUCUCCAUGCUUGGGAACUUCGAGCCAAUGCUGCUGGACGUGCUACUGGUGGCGAUUCUAGUGCUAAUGAUUCCUCUAAAUCUUCUCAUGGUCUUGGCUUUGGAACACCCAUGCCAUUUGUUGGGGAGACAAAGGUUGAAGUUGCGUUUUCUGGUGUUGAUGAAAAAGGAGAUAUUAAAUCUGAGAACGCAAGUUCUCCCAUGAAAGUUUUGCCUCCUUGGAUGAUUAAGCAAGGGAUGAACCUUACAAGAGAGCAGCGUGGGGAGGCCAAGGAGGAGAUGAAGAUGGUGGGGACUUCAGCAUCUCUACAGUUAUCAGAUGAAAAAAAGUCGAUAACUGAAAAAGAUGAUGUGAAGAAUAUACAGGAUGAAUAUGUUAAAGCCUAUUAUGCCGCUUUACUUCAGAGGCAACGGGAGCAAGAUGAAGCUGCCAAGAGACAACAGGAGUUUUCAAACAAUGACAUUUUGAAUGGCGUUUACGGCACCUCUGAGCGUCAAGUUGGCAUGAAGUCCAAACGUGAUGAAAAUGAGGGAGAUGAAGAUAUUUGGGAGGAGGCUGCCCCUGCAGGCAAUACGGGUGAAAGUUACAAGGUGAGCGACCUAAAUGUUCAAGCUGAUGCAUCAGGAGACGAGGAGGACGAUAUAUGGGAAGAGGGUUGACCAGCUAAAGUUCUCAGCGAGCCUUCUUGUUUUGUAUCAUUCAAUCAGCGUUUUUGUUUCUCUAGAUCGGAGGCUUCUUGAUGCAAAAGAUGUUUUAAGUAGUUCGUCUUGUGUGGCUUUCGCUUAGAGAUAUGAUGUGUAAGUCUUGACAGAAUGGUAUGAAGGCAAGUGGCGAGGAAGUCUUAAGGAUGGUGUAUAUGUGGUAAACACUAAGGGAGCAGUUUAAGCAUGUUCCUUUAAACACUUACCUUUUUCAAGGACAAUCUUUGAUUAGUUUCAUC